CGAAGCUGCUUAGUAAUCUGUAAUCUCUGACUGUGGCUGGCAUCGCGUUAUCAGGAUGCCAUAGACGGCAAUUGAUCUGUGCUAUUGUCUCUGCCAAUUGUUAGCAAACGGAAGUUCCUAUAAUCAUUGGAUUACUGGCAGACUAUGGUUUAUGGGAAUAUGCAUGACGUUUUUGUUUGAAUUUAACCAUGUGCAAGUGCAUAGAAAUGUAUCCGGUUCAGUUCGUUGUGGUGUCUCCUCAGAUAAAUGGUCUGGGUUAAGUUUAACCUUGCAGUGACAUACAAUGGGAGAAUCAGAAGUAUAGUUUAUAGUUUUAACAGAAUAGCGAUUAUCUGCACAUAUGAAAUAAAGUACUUACCGCGACGCAAGGUAAUAAUGUUAUUAGCACCUAUAGGUCAGUCAAUUUUAGGAGGCGACAACAGCGUUCAAACCAAUCGCUUGCCGUAUAACAGUAGGCAGCGCAAACCGAGUAUUGACAGCGACACAAGUUCAGCAGCCGACAGCCCUGAUGGACCUUCUACUGACGAGUAUAAAUUUAUUGAAACAGCACAUGCAAAAGAGAUCCUGUUGGGCUUAAAUGAAUUAAGAAAGGAUGGUCAGUUCUGUGAUGUAGCAUUAUCUGUUGAUGGAGUAAAAUUUCCUGCUCACAGAAAUGUUUUGGCUUCAUUUAGCCCAUAUUUUAAGGCCAUGUUCACGAACAAACUGGCUGAGUCUCGGCAGACAGUUGUAGCAGUUAAUGGUGUCGAGUCAGCAACGAUGGAACUGUUGCUGGAAUUUGCCUAUACUAGCACAAUAGUGAUCACUCGAACUAACGUUCAAUCACUGUUAUCAGCUGCCAACCUACUGCAGGUGUUACCUGUGAAGGCUGCAGCCUGUCUGUUCUUAGAACGACACAUGGAUACUACUAACUGCGUUGGUAUCCAUUGCUUUGCUGAGACACAUGCCUGCACUGAUCUCCAGAUUAGGACCAGACAGUAUACAUUAGAGAAUUUCUGGGAUGUUGGUCACGGAGAAGAGUUCCUAGGCUUAUCAUCAACAAAGUUGGUAGAAUUCAUAAGCAGUGAUGAGCUGCAGGUGGAGCGUGAGGAAGUUGUAUUCCAGGCUGUUAUACGAUGGUUCAACCACAAUCCCGAGCAGCGCAGAGCUGACUUUCAUAAGGUGCUGGAACAUGUUCGUUUGCCUCUACUGAGUCCCUACUUCCUGCAUGACUGUGUGGAAAGUCAGGCUGUGGUGCGCCAGUCUCCUGAAUGUCGACAUCUGGUGGAAGAAGCCAAGAUGUUCCAUUUGCUUCCUGACAGGCGUGCUGAACUACAGUCUCCCCGUACCAGACACCGUAACAGUGCUGGCACCAUACAGGUAAUAGUUGCAGUGGGAGGAGAAGACGACAAGGUGGUUCUGAGGUCAGUUGAAUGUUAUGAUCCUGUUUCUCACCAGUGGCAUACUCUUGCUAGUUUGCCGUUUGCUGUCAGCAAACAUGGACUGGUAGCAUCAGGGAAAAACACGCUAUACCUAGCAGGCGGUGAGUUUCCAGAUGGCAGUGCAUCUCGUUCUGUGUGGCGCUACGACCCAGUACUGGAUGUGUGGCAGGAGAUGGCACCCAUGUUGUUGCCACGCUCGGAACUAGGAUUGGCAAUGCUGGAUGGUAGUGUAUAUGCUGUAGGUGGCUGGGAAGGUUCAUUUCGCCUGGAUUCCGUGGAGCGGUAUGAUCCUGACACCAACUCAUGGCACAUCAUUGCACCCAUGAAGAUGGCUGUCACUAGUCCAGCUGUUGUUGCUCAUGAUGGGAUGCUGUAUGUUACUGGUGGAGCAGUUCUAGAGGAUGGUGAUGGAAUUGAACUGGUGCAGCGGUAUGACCCUCGUCUAAACACCUGGACAGAACUGGCACCAAUGUUGAUUCCCCGAAGUGGUUCAUCAGCCUGUGUUUUGGAUGGUUACAUCUAUGUUGUUGGAGGAUGGCAUGCAUCAACAGAAAACACCAACAAGGUUGAACGCUAUGAUGUCCAGUCCAACAUGUGGGAGUUCAAGGCGUCCAUGUGUGAAAGGAGGUACAGGCCAGGAGUAGCAGUCAUAGAUCAUCGUAUUUUUGUACUGGGUGGCGAGGAGGGAUGGGAUCGUUACCAUGACACGAUAGAGUGCUACUCAGCUGAAACUGACACAUGGCAGCUGUCGGGAGACAUGCCCACUUCAAGGUCAUGGCUUAGCUGUGUACCGCUUCAAGUCAGAAAGAACCCUUUAAAGCAGAAUGAGUCCUGACAGAAAUGGGUGGAUGAACUUCCACAAAUGCAGCAGCAGCAACACCCACCACCAUUGCGUAACAACCCAUGUCUCCUGCUUCGUCUGUUGUCUGACUAGUGUGGUCCAGUGUUUGUACCUUCUACUGUGGGUUCCUGUUUGGCACUGAAGAAAACAAGAAAGUAAAGGUUUGUAUGAUAUUUACAGGAAACUUCAUUCACUGCCAAAAUAUAAAAUAGAGUAAUGAAAUAAUCACUUUUGUAGUGGUUGAAUCGUAGUUACAGAACAACUCUACUUAUCCAGCUCUUGCUCAGUAAUAUUAUUUUUAACACUUGUUCUGUAAAAACAGGAAGCAUUAAUGUAUCACUGUUACUUUAUUCCUGCAUUGCUAGUAUCUAGUAUCUAGUAUGAAACACAUUUACAUGAAAUACUUUGUCCUGCCAAGAGACUUUUGUUUAAAACAGGGCAAAUGACUGAAGGGAGCUCACUUACAAGGGCCCCAGACUGAAGAAUAAAAUCCUGUUUCAUAUAAUAGCAUAGAUAUUUAUGGUGACUAUUCUUCUUAAUGAAGUCUCAGGGUCUGUACCCAUAUUAUGAAACCUUAGGAAAAAAAUUCAGUGGGUAUUUACCCAAAUAAACUCCAUGUCACAUGAUAUUAAAAAUCUGAGGAUCUGUGCUUUUCUCAGAAAUUAAAUACAAUGGCUUAUUACACCUUCCAGAGCAGUAAAUUUUAAUAUUUAAACCACAAUAUUGAGUGAAGCACAUAUUUUUAUGCACUUCAUGGAAAAUGGUGUGUUCCAGUUCAGUAAGUGGUAUAUAUUUAUAAAGAUAGUAAUAGU